AUGACAAUUGAAAAGUAUGAACAGAAGUUAGCCAUUGCCGAUAGAAACAAAAGGCAAUUAUAUCAUCCGACGGAUUUUGUUUUGGGUUUGGAUACGAAAGUAGACGAGAGUGGUCCUUGGGGUCCGUGGACGAUAAGAAGUACAUGUUCUAGAACGUGUGGUGGAGGUGUUUCCUUCCAAUCUAGAAUAUGUAUGGAUUAUCGGGUAGGUGGAUUUCAUAGUUGUGUGGGACCUUCUAGAAAAUAUUUUUCUUGUAAUAUUCAGGAUUGUCCUCCGAAUGCGAGAGAUUUCCGAACGGAACAAUGUGCUCGAUUCAACAGUAUCCCUUUUGAAGGAAAAUAUUAUAGUUGGAUUCCUUUUUAUGGCGCUCCCAAUCCAUGUGAACUAAAUUGUAUGCCCAAAGGUGCAAGAUACUAUCAUCGAAGAGCUCGAAGAGUUAUAGACGGAACUUUAUGCCAUGACGAUGGAGCUACAGAUAUAUGUGUUAAUGGUAUAUGUUUGCCUUUACCAUGUGACAAAAUGUUGGGAUCAGAUGCAAAAGAAGAUAAGUGUGGAAUUUGUGGAGGAGAUGACAGUUCUUGUCAUAUUAUCAGUGGAAUAUUUGAUAGAGAAAUUUUUAACACAGGUUACAAUGAUAUACUCUUGAUUCCUCCAUUUGCAACAUCCAUACUUAUUGAAGAAGUGAUUCCAAACAGUAAUUACUUUGCUGUUAGAAACAUUUCUGGUUAUUAUUAUUUAAAUGGAAAUUGGAAGAUAGAAUAUCCUGGAGAUUUUACUAUUGCUGGUGUGGAAUUUCAUUAUGAACGUAAACAUGAUUUAUCACAACCAGAACGUUUAUGGUCAGCAGGUCCAACACUUGAACCACUUUUCAUUGUUUUAUUGUAUCAAGAAAGAAAUCCAGGUAUCAGAUAUGAAUAUUCUGUUCCAGUGGAAGAUAAAUUAGUACCAACAGCUACUUAUAUUUGGGAAACUGAAGACUUUCAAGAAUGUUCAAAGACAUGCAGUGGUGGAGAGCAGCAUCGAAUUGUAUAUUGUAAACAGUCUGAAAAUAAUGUGAAAGUUGAAGAAAAUCUAUGUGAUAUUGGAAAAAAACCACAAACUACACGUGAAUGUAAUACUCAGCCAUGUCCUGCAAUGUGGCAUGUUGGAGAUUGGAGUCAAUGCUCACAAUCUUGUGCAGCUGGUGUACAAUACAGAUUAAUUUAUUGUCAACAACUUAUCAAUGGUGGUGUUUUAGCUGUAACAAAUGAUGGACAAUGUGAAUUAGAUGAUUCAAUUAAACCAUCAUUCUAUCAAAUUUGCAAUCAAGAUGUAGAAUGUCCAAGAUGGCAUGUUGGACCAUGGUCAGCUUGUAACCGUAUAUGUGGUCCUGGAAAUCAAACUAGAGAAGUAACAUGUGAAACUGGUAUGCAAGAAACAAUAGUUCUUGAUGAGUCUCACUGUGAUUUAACAAAUAUGCCACCAAUUGUGAAAAUAUGUUCUCUAAGACCUUGUGAAGGAGUUGAAUGGAUAGUAACAGAAUGGAGUGGUUGCUCAGAUAAAUGUGGACCUCAAAAAGAAUCACGAGAAGUUUAUUGUUCAAAUUCUAAAGGAGAAGUCUUUUCCGAUGAAUUAUGCCAUAAUAAACCAAUACCAAGUUUAACACGUCCUUGUCCAAAAGUAAAACCAUGUACUGCUUUAUGGCAUACUUCAGAAUGGAGUAGGUGUUCAGCUAAAUGUGGGACUGGUGUUCAAACUCGUUUUGUAUUUUGUGGAAUUUGGAAAGGCGAUAGUGUGAAAAAAGUAUCAGAUAGUAAUUGUAAGAAAACAAAAAAAUUUACAUCAGUUCGUAAUUGUACUCGGACUCCAUGUAAAGGAUCUUGGUUUAGUGGACCAUGGAGCAAAUGUUCAGUAACAUGUGGAGGAGGUAUAAGAACAAGAAAGAUUUUAUGCUUCCAUAAAGACAGUGUUGUUCUUUCUAGUAGAUGUGAUCCAAGUUUAAUUCCUCCAAAUAAUGAAACAUGCAAUGAACAGUCAUGUAUUGAUGACUUUUUACAGGGUAACACUUUCAAUUUCAUGCAGUGUUCAGUAACAUGUGGAGGAGGUAUAAGAACAAGAAAGAUUUUAUGCUUCCAUAAAGACAGUGUUGUUCUUUCUAGUAGAUGUGAUCCAAGUUUAAUUCCUCCAAAUAAUGAAACAUGCAAUGAACAGUCAUGUAUUGAUGUUGUAUCUACUGAAACUUCAGUAAACUGUUCAGAAUCAGAAUAUGGAUGUUGUCCUGAUGGAAAAACUGUUGCUGGACCUAAUUUGGAUGACUGUCCAGCAGAGCCAGAUUGUAAAGAAAGUUAUUAUGGUUGUUGUUUAGAUGGCUUCACAGCAGCUUCUGGACCAUUUGGUGUAGGAUGUCCAGAUAUCACUACAUGCAAUGAAACAAAAUAUGGAUGCUGUUCAGAUGGCCAUACAAUAGCAAAAGGUCCAAACUUCCAAGGAUGUCCUGAUGUAAGAGAAUGUGAAUUGACACCAUUUAAAUGCUGUCCAGAUAAUAUAACAGUUGCAACUGGACCAAACCAAGAAGGCUGUGACAAUGUGACAGAACCAUGUGACACGUCUGACUUUGGAUGCUGUCCAGAUAAUGUGACUUUUGCAAUGGGACCUGAUUAUGAGGGCUGUGACAAUGUGACAAAAGAAAACGUAACAGAAACAUGUGACACGUCUGACUUUGGAUGCUGUCCAGACAAUGUGACUUUUGCAAUGGGACCUGAUCAUGAGGGCUGUGACAAUGUAACCAAAGAAAAUGUGACAGAAACAUGUGAUAUGUCUGAAUUUGGAUGCUGUCCAGAUAAUGUGACUUUUGCAAUGGGACCUGAUUAUGAGGGCUGUGACAAUGUGACAAAAGAAAACGUAACAGAAACAUGUGACACGUCUGACUUUGGAUGCUGUCCAGACAAUGUGACUUUUGCAAUGGGACCUGAUCAUGAGGGCUGUGACAAUGUAACCAAAGAAAAUGUGACAGAAACAUGUGAUAUGUCUGAAUUUGGAUGCUGUCCAGAUAAUGUGACUUUUGCAAUGGGACCUGAUUAUGAGGGCUGUGACAAUGUGACAAAAGAAAACGUAACAGAAACAUGUGACACGUCUGACUUUGGAUGCUGUCCAGACAAUGUGACUUUUGCAAUGGGACCUGAUCAUGAGGGCUGUGACAAUGUAACCAAAGAAAAUGUGACAGAAACAUGUGAUAUGUCUGAAUUUGGAUGCUGUCCAGAUAAUGUGACUUUUGCAAUGGGACCUGAUUAUGAGGGCUGUGACAAUGUGACAAAAGAAAACGUAACAGAAACAUGUGACACGUCUGACUUUGGAUGCUGUCCAGACAAUGUGACUUUUGCAAUGGGACCUGAUCAUGAGGGCUGUGACAAUGUAACCAAAGAAAAUGUGACAGAAACAUGUGAUAUGUCUGAAUUUGGAUGCUGUCCAGAUAAUGUGACUUUUGCAAUGGGACCUGAUUAUGAGGGCUGUGACAAUGUGACAAAAGAAAACGUAACAGAAACAUGUGAUAUGUCUGAAUUUGGAUGUUGUCCAGAUAAUGUGACUUUUGCGAUGGGACCUGAUCAUGAGGGCUGUGACAAUGUGACAAAAGAAAAUAUGACAGAAACAUGUGAUAUGUCUGAAUUUGGAUGUUGUCCAGAUAAUGUGACUUUUGCAAUGGGACCUGAUCAUGAGGGCUGUGAGAAUGUGACAAAAGAAAACGUGACAGAAACAUGUGAUAUGUCUGAAUUUGGAUGCUGUCCUGACAAUGUGACUUUUGCGAUGGGACCUGACCAUGAGGGCUGUGACAAUGUAACAAAAGAAAAUGUGACAGAAACAUGUGAUACGUCUGAAUUUGGAUGCUGUCCUGACAAUGUGACUUUUGCGAUGGGGCCUGAUCAUGAGGGCUGUGACAAUGUGACAAAAGAAAAUGUAACAGAGACAUGCGAUACGUCUGAAUUUGGAUGUUGUCCAGAUAAUAUUACUUUUGCAAUGGGACUUGAUCAUGAGGGCUGUGAGAAUAUGACAGAAAUGUGUGAUACAUCUGAAUUCGGGUGUUGUCCAGAUAAUGUGACUUUUGCAAUGGGACCUGAUCAUGAGGGCUGUGACAAUGCGACAAAAGAAAAUGCUACAGAAACUUGUGUUAAUGUGACUUUUGCUUUAAGAAAUGAAAGCUGUGAACCAAGUUUAUCAGAUCCUAUAUUAUCUGAUGAUUCAAGUUUAAAUCCUUGUUAUUACUCUGAAUUUGGUUGUUGUCCUGAUAAUAAAUCAGAAGCUUUAGGACCUGAUAAUGUUGGUUGUCCUUGUUCAACAUUAGAAUAUGGUUGCUGUGCUGAUAAUAUUACACCUGCUCUUGGCCCAAACCAGUCUGGAUGUUAUUGUGAAAUAUCAGUCUAUGGAUGUUGUCAGGAUGAUUAUACUAUGGCAUCUGGACCAGAUUUUCAGGGAUGUAAUUGUGAAGAAAUGUUAUAUAAAUGUUGUCCUGAUGGUAUUACACCAAUGACUAGUCCUUGGGGAGAAGGAUGUAGUUGCCAAGAAUCAAAAUAUGGUUGUUGUCCAGACGGAAGUACUUCAGCUGCUGGAGAAAAUUACUAUGGUUGUCCUUGUGAUACUCUCCCAUUUGGAUGUUGUCAAGAUAAAAGGACUCCUGCAAAAGGUGAAAAUUAUGAUGGUUGUCCUUGCAAUACUACUGAAUUUGGAUGUUGUCCUGAUGGAAAAACACCUGCAACCAGCAAUAAAUAUGCUGGAUGUCCAUGCAUUUCUAUGAAAUUUGGAUGUUGCCCUGAUGGUGUAACAGCUGCAACAGGUCCUAAUAAUGCUGGUUGUUCUUGUGAAAAUACUACCUAUGGUUGUUGUCCAGAUAAAAAAACUCCUGCUAAAGGACCUAACAGUGCUGGAUGUUCUUGUUCUACCUUCCCUCAUGGGUGUUGUCCUGAUGGCAAAACCUCUGCAUUGGGUCCUAAUUUUAUGGGUUGUUCUUGCCAUACAAUGAAAUUUGGCUGUUGUCCUGAUGGUUUUACUCCAGCUACUGGUCCAGGUGAUGAGGGAUGUACUUGUGAUAGUCUUCCUUUCAAAUGUUGCCCAGAUGAUAAAACUCCAGCCAAAGGAUUAAAUUUUGCUGGAUGCCAUUGUUCUACUUUUCCGUUUGGAUGUUGCCCUGAUAAUCGCACAGUGUCUGUUGGAAGUAAUUAUGCUGGCUGUACAUGUCAUUCAAUGCAGCAUGGAUGCUGCCCCGAUGGUGUUACCAUUGCUGAAGGUCCUAAUUAUAAGGGGUGCUCAUGUUCAUCUUUUUCUUAUGGUUGUUGUCCUGAUGAUCUUACCAUUGCAGAAGGUCCUAAUUAUGAAGGAUGUCCUUGUUCAACUUUUCCACAUGGUUGCUGUCCAGAUGGAACUACAAUAGCAAUUGGUCCAGAUUUUAAAGGUUGUCCAGGAGCAGAUUUCCCAAAACCUUUAGCUGCAGAAAUAUGUCACUUAGAACAUGAAAUAGGAUCAUGUCAAAAUUAUAGUGUGAAAUGGUACUUUGAUGUGACAUAUGGAGGAUGUUCAAGAUUUUGGUAUGGGGGAUGUGAAGGAAAUGGAAAUCGUUUUAAUACUCAAGAAGAUUGUGAAAAAUUGUGUGUUUCUCCAGAAGGAAAAGCUGCAUGCUUUUUACCUAAAGUAGAUGGAUCAUGCGAUGGUAAAUUCCCAUCAUGGUAUUAUAAUAGUCAAACAAAGCAAUGUGAAGAAUUUAUUUAUAAAGGAUGUCUUGGAAAUAAUAAUCGAUUUAUAUCAAAAGAAAUUUGUGAACAAACUUGCACAUCUCAAGUUGUACCAGUGCCUGUAUCACCUGUAUCUCUUGAUAUUUGUGAUUUGCCAAAAAAAGAGGGAACCUGCACAGCAGCUGUGAUAUAUUGGUAUUUUAAUGUUCAAACACAAACAUGUGAACAGUUCUACUAUAGUGGGUGUGAUGGUAAUGAUAAUCGUUUUGAAACUUUAAGUGACUGUGAAAAUAGAUGUUUAGCAGAGAAAGAAAAAGACAUUUGUAAGUUACCUCAGGUUAUUGGAAAUUGUUAUGAUUUUAAACAAAGAUGGUAUUUUGAUGUCAAAAGGAAAGAAUGUAAAAGUUUCUAUUACAGUGGUUGUAAUGGCAACAAGAAUAAUUUUGGAAGCUAUCAUGAAUGUGAAAAACAAUGUGGAAAAUCAGUAACAACAGUAAAGCCAGAAAAAUUUAAAAUAGAUUACUGUUUUCUUGAUCAAGAUUCUGGAUCUUGUCCAAAUAGAGAAAUUAGAUGGUACUAUGAUAAAACUGAUGGAGUAUGCAAGGAAUUUUACUAUGGCGGUUGCGAAGGAAAUGGAAAUAGAUUUCAAUCAAGAAGGGAAUGUGAAACAAAAUGCACAUAUUCUCAAGAUAUCUGCAAAUUACCCAAAGUGCAAGGGUCAUGCAGUGGAUCUUUUGUUCAAUGGCAUUAUUCUCACUCGACAGAUGAAUGUGUUGAAUUUAUGUUUAGUGGAUGCCAAGGAAAUGCUAAUAGAUUUGAUGAUAAAGAAAGAUGUGAGAAAUAUUGUAAGAUUACAUCCACUCCCCAUACUCAAGAUAUUUGCACAAUGUCUAGAGAUUCUGGUCCUUGUCUUGGUGAAUACACUCAAUGGUAUUAUGAUGUUUCAACUAAUUCUUGCAAAAAAUUUAAAUAUGGUGGUUGUCAAGGUAAUAAUAAUCGUUUCCAAUCUCGAAGAGAUUGUGAGUUAAGAUGUGUUAAAAAAUUACAUAAAGAAUUACAUACUACUACAUAUUCUACUAUUUCACAUGACAAUGCUGACAUCUGUCAAAUGCCUGCAGAUACUGGAUUAUGCAAUGAAUUUCAUGCUCGAUGGUUUUAUGAUCCCAGCAGCAAAACUUGUUUGCCAUUUGUAUAUACUGGUUGUGGUGGAAACAAAAAUCGAUUCAAAACAUUUGAUAUUUGUAUGAAAUUUUGUGGAGAAACCAAAGAAAAUAUUCCUGAUGCAACAACUAAACUUCCCUGUCCUGUUUCCAAUUGUGAUCAAUUACAAUGUCCUUUUGGCAAAGAAGAAAAGGCAGAUGAACAUGGUUGUACUUAUUGUCGUUGCUCUAAUCCAUGUGAGGUCCAUACUUGCCCUGAAGAUAGUAGAUGUGCUAUCGAAAUAUAUCGCACAAUAGAAGGAGAACCACGUGCACAACCUAUAUGUCGUUUAAUAAAUAAAUUAGGUCAGUGUCCAAAAAUAGAAAGCAAAGCAGCAGACCCAUAUGAUACAGAGUGCACCGAACGUUGCAGAUUGGAUUCCGACUGUAGAGACGAUCGAAAAUGUUGCUUUAAUGGUUGUACUAAUGUAUGCAUGGAUCCUAUUUUUGAAACAACAACAAUGUUAACAUCAGAAAUAAAUGAGAUCAAUAGAGAAGAUAGUUCCAUUCAGCCCACUGAAUUUAAUGAAACUACAACAAUUGGAUCUACUGUUUCUUUAAUAUGUAAAGUAGCAAAAGGAAGUACUUUUACAUGGAGUAGAAAUAAUGUUCCUUUACAAGUAGAUGACAAUCACAUUACAAUAUUAUCAAAUGGAACAUUGUCUAUUCAGAGGAUAGAAGAAAAUGACCAUGGAAGUUAUUUAUGUAUAACAAGAGAUAACUAUGGUCAAUCAAAAGUUUACACAUUCCAUCUUCAAGUUCAAGUGCCUGUCCGAAUUCUUCCGGGACCUACUUUAGUUAUUGUUCAGCUCAGUCAGCCAGCAACCUUGCAAUGCACAGCAACUGGAUUCCCAAAUCCUAUUGUAAGCUGGUGGAGAGAUAAAACGAUGCUUCCAACUACAAGUGCUCGAUUCCAACAGUUUCCAGAUUAUUCUCUUCUUAUUAGAACUGUUACCUAUCAAGAUAUUGGAGUGUACACAUGCCAAGCAUAUAAUGGAAUUGGAGCUGUGGCAACUUUGGAUGUUUCUGUUCGUUUAUCAAAAGAUUCCGAUACAAAGUCAAACGUCAAUUUUGAUAAUGAAAACACUUUGAAAGAGACAACAACAGACAGUAUUUCUCCCAUUACUGAAAAAGAAAUGGCUCCUGUUGAUCUCUCUGUAGAAAUCAAAACUAUUAAUUCCAAAGUGAAAGUUGGAGACUUGGUACAACUAGAUUGUAUUGUAAAAGGAACAGAUUUAUCUACUGUUACUUGGUAUUUUAACAAUAAUGUCAUACAAAUUGAUGACAAAUUAAAAUUGCUACCAAACAACACACUUCUUAUUUCUAACAUUCAAAAUGGUCAUAGUGGAAAUUAUCGUUGUCAUGCACAGUAUGAUUCUAAUCAAGCUUCUGCUUCUGUAGCAAUUACAGUUGAAGAUUCUUCCGAUGGUGUUCCAGAAGGAUGUGUCGACGAUCCCAGAUUUAGUAACUGCAACUUUAUUGUAAAAGCACGUUACUGCAGUAACAAAUAUUAUGAAAAAUAUUGUUGUCGCAGUUGUUACUUGGCAAAAGAAACCACAGUAAACUGAUUUCAAUAAAAAUUAAAAGAAGAGAAUGUAUAUAAAUUAAAAGACAUUUGUAAAUGCCGUAAUUAAAUUUUAUAUGAUAAUAUCAAAGCUUAAAUGGACUCGAAUAGUAACAUUAAUGUACUUUAUAUAAAAACAUUUUUUAUCUCUUUAAUUUUACAUGAUAAAGGUAAAUCAUAAAAUAAUGCAGUGUAAACAUUUUUCAUUAACAUUAUCCAGAAAUGAUUCCAUGUAAUAUUAUCAUUUUCAUAAUUAUCAAUUAAAAUUCAUUCUCUUUUUA